GUGAAAACAAUUGCUUUAGGCAUAAGAUAUGUUGGACGCGGAUUUAAUAAUUCCUUGGUGAUGAACUAUCUGCUGCAUUUCCGAUGACAGGACCCGUUGUGACGCGCAGUAAUCACUUCCGGAUUGCUUGCUUGUCUUUCGUGGCUACAAGCAUGUUACUAACUCGUUUACAAUUAAAUUAGUAAAACAUUCGUAGACAAAGCAAACUUAUUGUACACAACAUUAUUUGCUACAAUGUGUCGCGUUCAGGAAGAAACCGACGCAUUAAAUCCCGUCGUCUAACGGAAUCCUCUUUUGCAACAACGGUCAGGAUUUGGCCCACGCGACAAAAUGGACUCGGAAUUUUCGCCAGCGGACAAUGCAGGUCUCCCUCUCCUCUCCCUCCGCCUCUUGGUUCCACCCCUUCAGCUUAUGUCAGCAUCCAUAUGGCAGGUGGUGCAACAGCGAGAUGCCAUGAAUUAUGCAAUGCUGGCAGAGUUUGUCUCCCUGGUGACUGAGAUGGUCCCUGAGCUGCUGAUCUAUAGGCAGAGGGCCCAACUUAUUUUGGGAUUGCGCGCAAGGCACAUUCUGGAGUUGUGUCGCGGUGAGCAUCCAGUAGAACCUCAGGUCAUCUUAACCCACCUGUACAUGAUUCAACCACUUACCCCCUACAGUAAUGAUGUAAGUGACACAGAGGUGGAGUCGUCAGAGACUCAUUUUCUGGAGCUGGUCCAGACCCUGCUUAAAGACCCUGAUGAGAGAGAGCAUUUUUUCACGGAGAUAUUCCCAGUGGAGUAUGGACAACAAUAUGACAUCGGGCUGCAGACUCUACUGUGGGAGUUCCUGUCCAGAUUGGUCCAGCUGUUACCAACUCCUGACCUUGCACAGACAAUGGCAUGGCUCGGUACUGCCCCCUCAGUCUUGGAUGAUUGUGCCCAUGUUGUAUCUCAUCCAGCGGAUCUGAAGCGUCUGCUCCAGCACCAUAAACGUCGUGGACAUUUGGAGCAACAUGUACCCCUCUGUGCCAUGGGCGACUGCAUCCUGUCCUCUCUCUCCAUCCCUCCCCACAGUAGAACGGUGAUCAGCACUGAGCAGACCACCUGUGACAACCAGUCAGAACCCUCGCAGGAGUUUGUGGAAGACACUAGCCCAGUGCUUUCGGUGGAUGACCUCCAGGUGGAAAUUGUAACUCUGACCGGUUACGCAGAGGUUGAAUUGGGUUUGUGUCAGGAGGAGGUGGAGGAGGAGGAGGAGGUGGUGAGGGAUGGGAACGAUGAUGAAGGGCAGACCAUGGAGGACAAGGAAGAAGAAACGUCCGCUGAAGAGGAGAGGGUGAUGGAGGACCAUGUAGAGGGGGGCUUGGAGAGCGACUCGCAUCUAGACGAAGCCGAGGAUGACCCAGCAUCCUCCCAACACCAAACAUCCUCUGGGCCCCACAUCUGCUCAGUCUGUGAGAAGAGCUUCAAGUUUGCCUCUGCACUAAUAGCCCAUCAGGUCAUCCAUACAGGAGAGCGCCCAUAUGUGUGCCAUCUGUGUGGCCGGUGUUUCUCCUUCAGGCAGUCUCUGGACAGGCACAAACAGACGCAUAAGGACGGGCGCGUUUACGACUGCUUGAUCUGUGGGGAGACCUUUCAGUCCUUGUCAGCCCGCACAGAGCACAAGAAGAGUCAUAUGGAGCAAGGCGCUUACCAGUGCUCACAGUGCCACAGGAAGUUCAACUGGGAGUCGGCCAUGGUGAGACACCUGAAGACUCAUACAGAGGGCUCUGGGGUCAAAACCCAGGAAUUUACAAAAAGCCUAAAGUCGGAGAAAGAGGAUAUAGGGAUUGAAGAGAUUGUAAGAGAGGUGGCUGUUGAAACCCCUGAGGAUGGAGGGAAAUCCCCUCACAAUCAACAGGAAGGAGAUGGUCAGUCUAGUCAAUCCACUUCAUCUGAGCCUGCUAUGUUGGUGCCUGGACUUCUGGACAAGGUCGUAACACUUGUCAAGGUCCGUACCAGUGGUAGGAAAACGAGACCGACCUUGAAGGUGCAGAUGGUGAACCUGCAGAAGCUCAAGGGAAAGGUUGCCACCCCAAAGAGGAGGACGGGUGGAAGCUUGAUGAACCCCCAGGGUUUCACACCAUUGCAUUUUAAGAGUGAGGAACACUCCUAUGGCUCACCAGUGGUCUCAAUAAAGGAAGGAGAUACAGGAUGGUGUGCGUUCUCAUGUCCCGAGUGCUCAUUCGUCCACUCAGAUGAGGCGUCCGUCCAGCAGCACAUUGAGACGGACCACUCGGGGGAAGGGCAGGAAGACUCUCAGUCCGCUCCGCACCAAACAGGCCAAGCUGGACACUAUGAUUGCCCAGACUGUAACAGCAGCUACAAGUUUCAGUCCUUACUGAAAUACCAUCGGCGCGUCCACACUGGCGAGCGCCCAUACGUGUGCCCUGAGUGCGGACGGCGCUUCUCCUUCAAGCAGUCACUGGAGAGGCACAAACAGACACACAAGGAUGGGUGUAAGCAUGACUGUCUGAUCUGUGGGCAGAACUUCAAGUCCUUGUCAGCAUACACAGAGCACAGGAAGAACCACAUGGAGAACGGUGUGUAUCGGUGUUCUGAAUGCGACAGGAGGUUCUCCUGGAAGUCUGCACUAGUGAGACACCUCCGGACUCACACGGCGAACGCCACCGAGGCUGAGCUGUCUUACAAAUGCACCAGGUGUGACUUGGGAUUCAGCAGUAGUACAUACCUUAACAGGCACCUGCUCACACACCAAGAGGAGAGGUUGCACGUCUGCAGCUGUGGCAAGACCUUUGCCUACAAGGCUGCUCUGACCGCGCACCAGCGCACCCACCUGAAAGAGAGGCCACACCAGUGCAAGCAGUGUGGGAAGGGUUUCCUCUACAAGGGAGGGCUGUUGAGUCACAUGAAGAUCCACUCAGAAGAAAUGCCUUUCAUGUGCUCAUUCUGUGGGAAGAGCUUCAAGAGGGAGAGGAACAUGAACAAACACGAGCGCUGCCACACCAGGGAGAACGUGUUCAGCUGCUCCCAGUGCGAUAAGACCUUUGUGUACAAGGCCACACUGACCAGGCACGAGCUAACCCACUCGGGGGAGAGACCGUUCCUGUGCGCCGACUGUGGCAAAGGGUUCUUCUCCCACGCGGAGCUUCUGAAGCAUGAGCGCUUCCACACGGGCCACAAGCCUUUCCAGUGCUCUCACUGUGGGAAGCAAUUCACCCAGUCCUGCUACCUGACCAUUCACCUGCGCUACCACACAGGGGUACGGCCUUACUCCUGCACCCAUUGUGACAAGAGCUUUCUCAGCGCCAACCGUCUAAAGAGACACCUGAGAACCCACACAGGAGAGAAACCCUACCUGUGUUCAGAGUGUGGGAAAGGGUUCAAACAGUCAUAUCACCUCAAGAUGCACCAGCAGACUCAUGCCACUAAGAUUUGCUGAGGCAUGAUUGUGUCUCUGUCCAGACUUAAGUCAAAUGAUUUGGUAGAAUGUAAUGGUGAGUCAGCUAUCCACUGUGUAGGCAACCACGAGUGUUAAAAUAUACAGUGGGGAAAAAAAGUAUUUAGUCAGCCACCAAUUGUGCAAGUUCUCCCACU